AUGUCCGCGAGGUUUGGAAGUUCUAAUACGGCUCGAUUUGUUAAGUACAAUGGUUCAGCACAAUCUACACCAUAUGGGCUGGCGGCGCAACAGCUGUUGCAGUCGAAUAAAGUUGAUGAACUUGACUCUAUAAUGGGGUUUGAUAGGUAUAUACCGCCUCAACAUGGAAGUGGUUCUGGUGCAGAUGGUGAUAGAGUUGGGUGGUUAUGUAAUAUGCAUCCCACGAUGGUUACUGAUGAUGUUAAUGGCGGAGGUUUAAAUGUGGGGGUAGCUGGUGUCGAUUUCUACUUUCUAGACGAGGAAGGUGGCUAUUUUAAGAGCACUAUUACGUAUGAUUCGUACUUUUUGGUGUCAUGUCGUGAUGAAAAUCGUAUUCAUGAUGUUGAAGAAUUUUUGAAGAAGUAUUUGGAGACUUGUCUUAAGUCUGUGGAAAUUAUUCAGAAAGAUGACCUUUCUAUGGAUAACCAUUUACUGGGUCUGCGGAAAACGUUACUGAAACUAAACUUUGCGAACAAUAACAAUUUAUUUGAGGCUAGGAAGUUGCUGCGGCCCAUAAUAAGGGAAAAUACUGGCAAUAAGUUACAAAGAGAUAUAUAUCAUUCUGAGGAUAACAUCGCCAGCCGAGAUGCUAAGUUACUGAUAGAGGAUAUUCGCGAAUACGAUGUUCCAUUCCACGUUCGUGUUUCCAUAGAUAAGAACAUCAGGGUAGGCAAGUGGUAUAAAAUAACAUCACAGGGAUUUAUUGAGUAUACUGAGAAAGUUGCUUUUGCUGAUCCUGUCGUUCUUGCCUUUGAUAUUGAAACUACGAAAGCGCCUUUAAAGUUUCCUGAUUCGUCAAUUGACCAGAUUAUGAUGAUAUCUUAUAUGAUUGAUGGUGAAGGGUUUUUAAUUACAAAUAGAGAGAUUAUUUCGGAAGAUAUCGAAGACUUUGAAUACACUCCGAGACCAGAAUAUCCAGGACAAUUCACCGUAUUUAAUGAAGCUGAUGAACUAGCACUUUUGCAAAGGUUUUUUGAACAUAUUCGUGACGUGAGGCCAACUGUUAUUUCGACUUUUAACGGUGACUUCUUUGAUUGGCCUUUUGUUGAUACCCGUAGUAAGAUUCAUGGCUUGAAUAUGUUUGAUGAAAUUGGGUUCGCGGUUGACUCAGAAGGAGAGUAUAAAUCCAGUUAUUGCACUCACAUGGAUUGUUAUCGAUGGGUUAAACGUGAUUCUUAUUUACCUCAGGGUUCACAAGGGUUGAAAGCUGUCACACAGGUAAAAUUGGGCUACAACCCUAUAGAAUUGGAUCCUGAGUUGAUGACUCCUUAUGCUUAUGAAAGACCUCAACAUCUAUCCGAAUAUUCUGUUUCUGAUGCAGUAGCGACAUAUUAUUUAUACAUGAAGUACGUGCAUCCAUUUAUUUUCUCGUUAUGUACAAUUAUUCCUCUAAACCCGGACGAAGUUUUGAGAAAGGGUACUGGAACAUUAUGUGAGAUGCUUUUAAUGGUUCAAGCAUAUGAGAAAGGGAUAUUAUUACCAAACAAACAUACCGAUCCAAUUGAAAGGUUUUAUGAUGGCCAUCUUCUUGAGUCCGAAACUUAUGUAGGUGGACAUGUUGAAUCUUUAGAGGCUGGAGUCUUCAGAAGUGAUAUAACCAACAAUUUUUCAAUAGAUCCGACUGUCAUCGAUGAAUUAUUAGAUGAACUUCCUAAUGCCCUAAGGUUUUGUAUAGAAGCAGAAAACAAGACCAAUAUAGAUGAGGUUACAAAUUUUGAUGAAAUAAAGCAAGAAAUCACCGACAAGCUUUUGGAUUUUAAGGUUAAUAACAGAAGAACUGAACUUCCAUUGAUAUACCACGUUGAUGUUGCAUCCAUGUACCCAAAUAUUAUGACCACAAACAGAUUGCAGCCUGAUAGUAUGAAAACUGAACGAGAUUGCGCAAGCUGUGAUUUUAAUAGACCAGGUAAAACUUGUGAUAGAAGGUUAAAAUGGUCGUGGAGAGGCGAAUUUCUUCCCGCCAAAAUGGAUGAGUAUGGAAUGGUUAAAAGGGCAUUACAAAAUGAGCUCUUUCCUAAUAAACAUAAGAACUCGGGAAAGAAGUUUUUAGCUUUCGACGAAUUAUCUUACUCUGAACAAGUCUCACAUAUCCGAAAGAGAUUAGCAGAUUAUUCUAAAAAAGUGUAUCACAAAGUUAAGGUGACUGAGACUAUAGAACGCGAGGCAAUUGUUUGUCAAAGAGAAAAUCCAUUUUAUGUAAACACAGUUAGGUCCUUUAGAGAUCGGAGAUACGAAUUUAAAGGAUUGGCAAAAAAAUGGAAGAGCAACUUGUCUGGGAUUGAUUCGAAUGAUAAAUGUGAGCGAGAUGAAGCUAAAAAAAUGAUUGUGUUAUAUGACUCUCUACAAUUGGCCCAUAAAGUUAUUCUAAACUCCUUUUAUGGUUAUGUCAUGCGUAAAGGUUCUCGUUGGUAUUCUAUGGAGAUGGCUGGUAUAACUUGUUUAACUGGCGCCACAAUCAUUCAAAUGGCUCGUUCAGUUGUGGAAAGGAUUGGAAGACCACUAGAGUUGGAUACGGAUGGUAUAUGGUGCAUUAUACCAAAUUCCUUCCCUGAAAAUUUUGAAUUUACUUUAAAAAAUGGUAGAAAACUGUUUUUAUCUUAUCCAUGUUCUAUGUUAAAUUAUAAAGUUCACGAAAAAUUCACUAACCAUCAGUAUCAAGAACUAGUUGAUGAUGUAAAGCAUAGGUACAGGACUUAUAGCGAUAAUUCCAUCUUCUUCGAAGUAGAUGGGCCAUACAGGGCAAUGAUACUACCAACUUCCAAAGAAGAAGGGAAAGGUAUCAAAAAGCGGUAUGCUGUUUUCAAUCCAGAUGGUACUUUAGCUGAAUUGAAGGGAUUUGAAUUAAAGAGACGUGGUGAAUUGCAAUUAAUUAAAAACUUUCAAAAAGACAUAUUUAAAGUGUUUUUAGAAGGAAAGGACCUAGAGAGUUGUUAUUUUGCUGUAGCUGCUGUCGCAAACAGAUGGUUGGAUGUGUUGGAUUUAAAGGGCGCUAUGUUAGAAACGGAGGAUUUGAUUGAUUUAAUUUGUGAAAAUAAGAGCAUGAGCAAGAAAUUGAAAGAGUAUGAAGGCCAAAAAUCAACCUCAAUUACAACUGCUCGUAGGCUUGGUGAGUUUUUAGGUGAAGAUAUGGUUAAAGAUGCAGGGCUGCAAUGUAAGUUUAUUAUAAGUUGUAGGCCUUUAAAUGCCCCUGUCACUGAAAGAGCAAUUCCUGUGGCAAUAUUUUCCGCUGAAAUGAACGUGCAGAAAUUAUUUUUGAGAAGAUGGUUGGUUGAUUCUUCAUUAAAUGAUUUUGACCCAAGAGCUAUCAUUGAUUGGGAGUAUUAUAGAGAAAGAUUAGUGUCUGUCAUUCAGAAAAUCAUAACAAUUCCUGCUGCACUACAAAAUAUCAAGAAUCCUGUUCCUAGAGUAGAUCAUCCAGAGUGGUUACAAAAGAAAAUUGCAAUUAGUGAAGGUAAAUUCAAACAAACUACAAUUGGGAAAUUUUUUAAGAAAAUUGAUAUUAUCCCUCAGAUAAAAGAUAUUGAGGAUUCUUUGUUUACGGCUGAUGCUCCAAAUACGGCGAAAGCAGCCAGGGUUACAAAAGUACGGAAAAGAAAAAGACAAGUUGAUCAAGCUAAUGAAGACCUAGUUCUUCCUUCUUUUAUGCCAUCUAUGGAAGAAGAUUACGUUGAAUGGCUGAAAUAUCAGAAGAUCAAGUGGAAAAUUCAGGCUAGAGAAAGACAAAGAAGAGAAAAGUUAUUUGGUGCUAGUAAUAGACCUAAUGAUAGGUCUGCUCUCGGGAAUAUUAUACUGAAACAUGCUGAAAGUUAUGCAAAUUCUACUUGGGAGGUCUUGCAAUAUAAACCUUCAACUGAGGUGGGUGUUGUCGAUAUUCAUGCUUUGAUCCAGGGGAAAAUUCAGACGUUGAAGCUUUAUGUUCCAAAAAUAAUAUACAUAAACUUUAAAACUGAUAACUUACCACCAGGAAGUAUCCAAAACUGUACUAUUGAAAAGUCCAAUGCAAUUCUGCCGAAUAACCCUGCUGAUAAUGGAGGCUCAAGAAGUUCUCUAUUCAAGUUAACUGUCCCUGAGGAGACCUUCUUAGAUGAGGAGAAGAAAACCUCUAGUAUUUUGAACAACGAAGAUUUGUUAGGUAUUUAUGAAAGGACUGUCCCUGCUAGUGAAAGGGCAAUCAUGGAACUAGGGACAUCUAUUAAAUUCAGUUCCACCGUAAUGGGAGCUUUAAGCAAAGGAUUGCAGCGCGGAUUUCAAAUGAAGAAUUUGAUUAGUAUUGGUCCAGAAAAAUACUUGCAGAAAUUUUCUUUAGAAAUAAUAUAUUUCUUACACUUGAAUACUAAUAUUGGAUUUGAAUACUUUAUAGUUUUCAAAGGUUGGUCUGAAGAUGUGAAAAUAUUUGUAUUAAAGCCAUCAAAUGCUGCUCAAGAUAUUGCUAAAGGAACUCUGGAAUCUACAUAUGUGAAUCAAUUUGAGAGCAAGAAAGCGGACUUGGACAGGUUCUAUGAUUACUUAAAACCUAAAUCGCGUCUAUCCUUUGAUGUCCAAAGUUUCACUGAAAUAAGUAAACUUUACCGCUCAUUGUCUAAACAUCUAGAAAAUUUGAGCGAAGAGAAAGGAUUCCAAAGCAUAUUAUUGUUGCAAUCCCCUUUUACUAAAAAACUGCAGAAGACUAUUAGAGUAUUGAGCCAGAUUCCAACUGUUGAAAUAUCUAUGGGCGAACUAAUUCUUCCAAAUUUAAAUUGGCAAACUUUGUUAAUCAAGAAGAUUGUGAACUAUAUCUUAUCUUUGGGUUCAUGGGUGUCAAAUUUGGUUUCACUGUCUAAAUACACUAAUAUCCCCAUCUGUAACUUAAAAUUGGAAAACCUUGGUUAUGUGAUCGAUAUUUUAUAUUCAAGAAAACUAAAAGAAAGCAAUGUAGUUUUGUGGUGGAAUGAUAAACAACCGUUACCCGAUUAUGGAGGUAUUCAAAAUCAACAUGAUCCCCAUAAAAUGCAUUUGAGUAUGAGUUUAGAUUCUCCAGUUAUUAAUAAUCCCGAAAUAUAUGAUUCAGCUGUCUUGGAGCUUGAAAUUAAUAACCUAACAGUGAACACUGUUCUGACUUCUACUUUAAUCAAUGAAGCCGAAGGAAGUGAUUUUGGAAAUCUUGACAUUGACGGUAACGCUCAAGAAAAGAACGCCGUGCGAUUUGUUGAAGAUGCAUUUUCAAACCUUUCGUUAAAUGUUUUGCGUUCCUUAUUGAAGGACUGGUGGGAUGAUGCCUUGGGGAACAAUUCUACAGCAGAUUCUUUAGUUCAUUCAUUUAUAAGCUGGGUUCAGUCUCCAGACUCUAAGCUUUUUGAUUAUACGUUGCGAUAUCAUGUUCAUACAUUAGCGAAAAAGGCCCUCUUCCAAUUGAUGAAUGAAUUUAGAUUCCUAGGUUCUUCUGUUGUUUACGCUGAUCGGAAUAAAGUUAUGUUGAAAACCAACAAAUACAGCGUUGACAACUCUUAUGCAUAUGGACAGUAUUUGAUCAAGGCCGUGAGGACAAAGCCUUUGUUUAGUUACUUGGAUUUGAAUAUCCAAAAAUAUUGGGAUCUGCUUAUUUGGAUGGAUCAAUUCAACUACGGCGGUUGUGCCUGUUUGAGAAUUGAGGAAAAGGAAAAGCAAGACAUUCAAGCAUACUCAUUUUGGCACAUCAAGAAUUUUUUGGCCCCAAUUUAUCAACUAGAAUUUGAUGACUGGCUGUUAAUAAUUCUCGAUAGCAUGAUAAAAGCCAAGAGGCAAUUUCAAGAAUUGAAUAGCACACAACUGACUCCAUUACAAAAUAACCAAGUUAAUGGAGCCGAUGAAAGCACUCCUAAAGAUGACGCUUUUACUGGAUUUACCAACAGAUUUAGCCAACCAUUAAUAAAAAGAAUUAAGAAGUUAUUAAAAAACCAACAAGAAUACAUUCUAGACCCCCAAUUUGUGGCCGAUUAUACAGCUACAAAACUUCCUGGGAGUUACUUGGAACCAAAAAACCCCCUUUUGGAAUUGGUCAAGAGUUUGUGCCAUAUAUUACUCUUAUCAAAGGAUCAUACUUUAGAAGUGAGAGCAUUAAGAAAAGAAUUAUUAAAAGUAUUCGAGAUCAGAGAAUUUGACAUAAUUGCAGAAUUUAAAAAUCCUAGUGCGUCUUUGGUUGUACAUAAUGUUAUUUGUGAAAACUGUUCUCAUAUCAGAGAUCUGGAUAUGUGUAGGGAAGAUCCUGAAGUUAUUUUCAAAUGUCAAAAAUGCCAUAGGACUUUAAACAAGAGCUUAAUAGAGGAAAACUUGAUUCAAAAGUUACAGUCUGAGCUCAAUGGAUAUAUGGUACAAGACUUACGUUGCGGAAAGUGUCGCAGAGUAAAAACAGAUAUCAUGUCCGAAUACUGUCAAUGUUCAGGAACUUGGAUGCCAUCGAUAUCACGGGAAUCGUUGGCAAAGAAUGUUCAGCUUUUUUACAGCAUGGCCGAAUAUUAUGGAUUUCAAUUACUUCUUUCCGCUAUUAGCGACAUUACUUAG